AAAGACAUUGAGCUCUAGUCCAGGAACGAAGUGGGAAGGCCAGGAGCUACAAUAUUUUAUUGCAUACAGUCCACGCUGAAGAAUACUUAUUACAGGAAGAAUACUUAUGCUACACGGAAUAAAUACAGAAACAAUCUUACUAAUAACCUAUUCGUUUGAUAUUUUGUUUGUUUCACAGACCAGCUAUUAGAAAACAUAUGAGAGUUUGUUUUAUUUUUUAUUCAACAGCUCCUUUUUGGAGCGAAAAAGCUUGUUUAAAUUCCUCCAUUUUAUAUUCAUUAGCCUACCUGGAGAUUUAUGACAAAAAAUUAAUACAGCAAGAAAAUGAGAGCACAAAUUGAAGUAAUACCCUGCAAGAUCUGUGGGGACAAGUCAUCAGGGAUCCACUAUGGCGUAAUCACCUGUGAAGGCUGCAAGGGUUUCUUCAGACGCAGCCAGCAAAACAAUGCUAUGUACUCCUGCUCCCGGCAGAGGAACUGUCUGAUUGACCGCACCAAUCGGAAUCGCUGCCAACAUUGCCGGCUGCAGAAGUGCCUGGCCCUGGGCAUGAGCCGUGAUGCUGUGAAGUUUGGCCGCAUGUCCAAAAAGCAGAGAGACAGCCUAUACGCUGAGGUCCAGAAGCACCAAGCGUCCCAGGAGUUAGCUGCCGCCCGUGAGGAGGGAGCCGAGGUCGAAGGUCAUGGCCGGGCAUACAGCAGAGGCUCCAGUGCCGCCCUCAGCGACCUUGACGACAUGGCCACUCUGCCGGAUGGCCUGCUGUUCGACCUACCCCUGACACCAGAGGGCGCCGAAAGAGAGUACUGCAAUCUGGAGAUGAUAGGGGGCAGCAGCUCCUCCUCUCAGAGUUCGCCCGAACAGAACGGACUGGAUUUCGGAGAUGGCAACCACCACGUCAAGCAUGAGUACCAGCUGCUGCAUGAGUCCAGCCUGUUCACACACACGCUGCUCAACACUCUACCCGAGGGGUUCUCAAUACUCGAGAUCGAGCGUAUUACUGCUAGUGUGGUAAAGUCUCACAUAGAGACCAGUCAGCACGGCAGUGAGGAGCUGAAGAGACUUGUCUGGUCCCUGUACACCCCUGAGGAGACACGCAGCUUCCAGAGCAAGUCUGCGGAAGUCAUGUGGCAGCAUUGUGCCAUCCACCUCACCAAUGCCAUCCAGUACGUGGUGGAGUUUGCCAAGCGCAUCACUGGAUUCCUGGAUCUUUGUCAGAACGACCAGAUCAUUCUUCUCAAAGCAGGAUGUCUGGAUGUGCUUCUGAUUCGCAUGUGUCGCGCCUACAACCCCAUCAACAACACUGUUCUGUUUGAUGGCAAGUUUGCCAGUGCACAGACCUUCAAAGCUCUUGGUUGUGAUGACCUUGUGGGUGCCGUAUUUGACCUGGCCAAGAGCCUGAGCCGUAUGCAGCUCUCUGAAGAGGAAAUGGCUCUGUUCAGUGCUGCUGUUCUCCUGUCACCAGACCGACCAUGGUUGAAAGACACCCAACAGGUGCAGAAGCUUCAAGAGAAAGUAUAUCUCUCUCUGCAGCAUUGUCUACACAGAUGUGGCUCAUCGGAGGAGAAACUGGCAAAGAUGGUGUCCAAGCUUCCCAUGAUGAAGUCCAUCUGCAAUCUCCACAUUGACAAGCUCAAGUUUUUCCGUCUCCUCCACCCAGAGACGGCAUACAAUUUCCCCCCUCUGUACCGCGAGGUGUUCAGCAGUGAAAUCACCUUCCCAGACUCCACAAUGGGCUAAAAAUCUGUUCAGAUAUGAAAGUUAUUCAUAUAGAGACAGAAAGAUGUAGGGAAGGAGAGGUAGAGAGUGAGAGGAACGUGGCAACAGCGAAGCAACCAGCAGCUCAGUGAAAAUCCUGCACGCUACACUUUAGGAACACUACUCUGUCGCUUGGACUGUAAGCCAGUCCAGGCUAUGAAAUUCAACACUAGGUGCUGGGUACUAUGCGCAUGCUACUUAUUUUUGUUGUUGACUAAAAUGGUUCUGAGAGCUUGAGAUCUCCCUCAAGUUAAAGUCCUCUGUAAAACGAGUAUGACUUCUUUGAAUGUACCCCACAGACAUGAAGCACAGCCCUAGGUUUGAGACAGAGUGUACUAUAUACCCUACUAUCCUGCCCCAUGGAGGAGUUGCUGUGUAGAUCUUUAUUUUAUUGCAGUUCUACAGCUCAAUUUUAGUUUCUUAUUUGGUAGUGCCCAUACUUUGCAGUUUUGUAUCCUAUGAACAAACUGUUUAAAGGGACCAAGAUCAAACAGAUAGUCGGGCAGAUUUGUUUUGCAUGCAAGACAUGGACAAAGAGACCCAGGGUGUCUAUUACCAUCCAUGCAGACUUGCACACACAGCACUAAGACAAAGCACUUAUGCUGACCUAUAUAUGUAUUUUUACAGGCACACAUUCAGACACUGAUAUUUUUGAGCUCUUGACUUUAUUUUUUAAAAUGCAAUCAUAGACCUCGGUCCCACUACCCUUUCCCCUUGCAAAUGCCACUUAGAGAGCGAAAGAGAGAAUCACACAAGUAUUUUGAAAGUAUUUUUAAACGUUCCUUACGUAUACACUUAUAUUUAAUCAUGUAAAAUAAAAUUAGACAGGGAUUUAUAUACAGUGUAUAUAAAAGGGAGAGAUAGAAUGAUUCAGGUCGUUAUUGUAAGAGAGAAUGUGUUUUCAAUGACUUACCUGGUUAAAUAAAGGCAAUUAAAUAAAGAUAAAUAGAUUCCCCA